AUAUUAUAUGUAUAUAAAUAUAAAUACAUAUAAUAUAAAUUUUUAAUAUCUUAUAUAAUAAAAUAUAUUAUAUAAUAAAAAUCAUUUAUAAUAUAAAAUUAAUUGAUUAUUUUAAUUAAUAAUAUUUUUAUUUUUAUUAUAUAAUUUUAUAUUUGACAAUAUUUUGUUGCUGAUUUGACAAUCUCUUAUGAAAAUAUGUUCUUUUUCCGGUUAUAAGGUUGAUAAGGUGAUUCUAUUUAUAUUUCAUUCCUAUCACAAUGCCCCGAGAAAUCAAAGAAAUCAAAGAUUUUCUUUUAAAAGCCAGAAGGAAAGAUGCAAAAUCUGUGAAAAUCAAGAAAAAUGCCGACAACGUUAAAUUCAAGGUUCGAUGUUCACGAUUCUUAUAUACUCUUGUUAUUACAGACAAAGAGAAGGCAGAAAAAUUGAAGCAAUCAUUACCUCCAGGUCUUCAAGUGAAAGAAGUAAAAAGAAGUGAACGUAUGUAAUUGAUAGAAUAAACUAACUUUUUAACAUA